UUAUUAAAAUUAGAAAAUCAAGAUGGUUGUGGAAAGAGCGUGUAUGGAGAGGGUAUGUGUAACGGCAGGGGGAGGAUUCAUUGGGUCUUGCCUUGUCAAGAAUCUCUUGGAAAGAGGCUAUAUUGUUCAUGCCACCUCCACAGAUCCUGAAAAUCCAGCUAAAACUAGUCAUCUGCUAUCCUUAGAGGGAGCGAAGGAGAGGCUCCAUCUCUUCAAAGCCAACUUAUAUGAAAAGGGUAGCUUUGAUUCUGCCAUUAAUGGCUGUGACUUUGUCAUUAACCUGGCCACAUCUCUUGACUAUACCAAAGACCCAGAGCUAGGUUUUAUCCAGCCCACCAUUGAGGGGAGUCUUGACAUCCUGAGAGCCUGCAAGGAAGCCAAAACAGUGAGGCGGGUAAUCCAUACUUCAUCCAUUACAGCAGCUAUCCCACUCACUGAGAAUGGAGAAUUCAAAGGCAAGCUUGAUGAAUCAUGCUGGACUCCUAUUCAAUAUAUGACAAGCAAGAAGCCUCCAUACUGGAUGUAUUAUGUAGCGAAAACUUUAGCAGAACAAGCAGCUCUUGAGUAUGGAGCAAAUCAUCAGCUAGCAGUGAUAACAGUGUUAGCGGCAUUAGUGGCUGGACCAUCCUUCACUCCAACAUUUUCUCUAAGCUCUUUUAUGACACUAGCCCCUAUCACAGGAAACAGAGAAUGCUAGGAAGUAUUACAAACAUUUCAAUCUUUGAUGGGCUCUGUCCCAUUUGUCCACGUGGAAGACGUCUGCAACACCUCCAUCUUCUUGAUGAAGAAUCCAAAUGCCCACGGUAGGUAUGUGUGCUGUUCAGACAAUGUCUCACUUGCUGACAUGGCAGAAAUUUUUCGUCAACGCUGUCCGAGCAUACCUGUAGCCCUUGAUGAUAAGGAGCAAAUUGAGAAGGCUCCAAUACCUUCAAGGAAACUAAUUGAGCUUGGAUUCUCGUACAAGUAUGGCAUUGAAGAAAUCGUGGAUGACAGCGUUGAAUGUGCAAGGCACAUGCAGGUCUUGUGAUGGAAUCAAGAAAUCCAUUUCUAAAUUCUGAAUUAUAGACCUUAAAACUAUUAUCCUCUAUCUAUCUAUCUAUCUAUCUAUAUAUAUAUAUAUAUGUCGGUAUAGGAUCUAGCUUUUAAUAAGCCUUUGGAAGGGUGGAGACCCAGAUUCCAGCCCCAAGGAUUUUAUGGGUCCGUGUAUAGGCACAAGAUGUGGAUUAUUAUUGGGUGGAUAGAAAUAGUUUCAUAAUAUAAAUAAAAAAUUUGUAUGCUGA